AACUGGCAACGCGUUGGGGCCUCCUGCUCUCCAGGCGCGCUCCGUUCCCUUUGCGCUUUUCUUGGCGCGGGCGCCUCCGCCCUGCCUCCGAGGGGCAGUGCCCGUUACUCACCACCAGGCCCUGCCCAGCUCGCCAACCAAACUCCACCCCAGCCGGGGAGCUCCCUCGCCAGCAGCCGCGCUUGACAGAGGGGCGGGCGACGAAAGCGGCGUGUCUCUCUCGCUCCGUUCCCGCAGCAGGGCUGCCCGGCGCCAUGGAGUCCUCCGGCGGAUCCAAAGGGUGCAUGGAGCAACUGGUCACCUUCAUCCGCACGCACAAGGGGAUCUUACUCACCACCGAGAUAGCUCUGUGUAUCCUCAUCCUGAUCUGCUACGGAGCUUCGGUAACCCUCGGCUACGUCUCCCUGGCCAUCUUCGAGCUGAUCUACACCAUCGUCAUAUUUAUCAUCUUUGCUUUUGACUUUCAUCUCCAGAUCUCUUUUAUCCACUGGGGGUGGACGGAUUUCCUCAGGGCUCUCAUUGGAGCUGUGGCCUUCAUCAUCACCUCCCUUAUCGUCAUCAUAGGACACCACGACGGAGCUGGCGUUGCUGCGGGGGUGUUUGGGUUGCUAGCCGGACUCGUCAUGGGCUAUGAUGCCUACACUAUCAUCCCGCAGCUAAGGAAGCAGCAUGCAUCAGUCCCAAACCCUGGUGAGUUUUUCCAGUUGAAGGAGAUGGCGGGUCCUCGCGCAUGGCUGUCCCUCGUUCCACCCCCUCACACAUACGUCUGUCUGCUUCAGUCUCGCAUCAGGGAGUGA